CAGACCCAGAAGAUCCUCCGACCCGCAGACCAACAGACCGACAGACAGGUGAUGAAGAUGGUCUCCUCCUCGCGCCUCCACUGCCUCCUCCUGCUCCUCCUCUCCCUCACCGCCUCCAUCAGCUGCUCCUCCGCCGCACAGAGAGACUCCAAACUCCGGCUGCUGCUGCACCGAAGCCCGCUGCUGGGCUUCAAACAGGACAUGUCUCGUGCCGCGCUGGCGGAGCUGCUCCUGUCGGACCUGCUGCAGCUGGAGAACGAGGCUCUGGAGGAGGAGAACUUCCCUCUGGCUGAAGGAGAACCUGAAGACAUCCAUGUGGAUCUGGAGCGAGCCGCAGCCGCCGGCAGCGGGCCGCUGCUCGCCCCCCGAGAGAGGAAAGCUGGCUGCAAGAACUUCUUCUGGAAGACCUUCACUUCCUGCUGAGCCUCCUCCUCCAUCAGCACACUUCCUCCAGACGCUGUACAGGAACUGUAUGGAUCCGACUAUCGAUGAUUAGUUUGGAUGAACUGUUUAGAUUUGAUUCUUUCUGAAUGUAAACUUCAUUGAACUAUUUUUAAAUGUGAGUUUGAAUAAAAUCUGUUUGAGACAAAAUG